CGACAUUGGCCCCCUGCUUGGAUCGACCCUCCUCUCGUCGGUCCCUCGUUGCCCGUUUUCUCUCGACUCCCCGACUGACGACCACGACGGCAUCGACUCAGGAGAGGGCGUUCUAGUCCCCGCCAGUGAUACUCACCAGGUCCGGAGGGUGUUGCCACCGUCAGUGUCUGACCCCCCUUCUCUCCUUCGAGCAUCCAAAAAGGCACGCCUUCGCUGUGCGUUUGCCACUGAGUCUCCCAUCCUCCCCCAUCGACCUCUACCCACUUCAUCUCCCUUUUCCGCCCUCUUCACGACCUACUUUACGACCGGCCCACAAGCCCAUUCAAUCCACGCCGCACAUCCCGGCCUCCGGUCCCAGGUUCUGCCCACCCGCCAAGGUCGAGCAGCUACCUGCGACAGGUUCUCCCUUUCUCUUCCCACUGCAGAUGCCAGUUCCCGUCCCCGUCUACCUCAAGCAGGUCGCCCACCCGGUAAUCAAGAUCAAUCAUCCCUCCCAGUCCGAUAGCGAAUCUUCCGUCUUUCAACACUUGACCCACUCCUUGCCUCUCCCGCCUCAGGGGCCGCCCCCGUCCUUGGCGUCGAGGGAGGAGUGGAUCAGUUCCCUUCCUGAUUGGAGGAGGAACAAGCGGCGCAUCGGGGAAGACGAUUUCGGUUUCCGCCCACUUUUCAACGUGCAGGGUUUUAACGAAGGGUUGACCGUUGCGGACAACGCAGCGGUCAUUAAAGGUGCGCCCGCGCAAGCGAGCAUCCCGCCCGUCCGUGACACCCGCCCCCUCGUGGGUUCUCGUGAAGAGAUGUACCUCAAUGCCGCAGACGUGGAUGACGACAUGAAUGGAUGUCGAGGUUGGACGGACGAAGAAGACCACCAGUACGCCGCUGAGUACUCCCCGGUUGACAGCAUGGCGUCCGACCGGCAAUCAGCUGAGAGUUCUUCCGACAUGGCUAUGGACUAUCCCGCCCGAGGCAUGGAAUUCCGCCGCUCUUUCUCGGCUGUCGGUGGCGAUUACGAGAGGGGCGUCUUCAGUCCAGUCCAAGAGGACCUCUCUCCCGAUGUCUAUGCGCCGCUUUCUCCUGCUGUCGACGACGCAGAGCCUGGCUCUAGCCCGAUCGGCCCAGCGACCCCAUUCGCCGAGUUCAUCGACAACGCCUUUGCUCAAGAGCGCGUCACGUUGGAUCCUGGUCGGAAUGUGGAGCAAGCUCAAGCCCACCAGUACUACAACCACGACGGCUACCAUGCGGCGUGCUACCAGUGUCAGACUUACCAAGCCGAACAGCCGCUCCAGCAGACUUCCGUCGCAGAUACGGUUGUCACUCCAAUGGCCACCACCGCGUACAAGAAAUUAGCAGCUCCAUUGUCGGAGUGGAUAGCGAGCUAUGUAUGGAAGGUCUGCACGACUGGCAUGCGUCUCCCUACGGAAUACGCUCAACCGUCGGCUUUUGCGAAGCACUACUCGACGAGCCCUCCUAGCCAUCUGGCGAGCUCUAUCCACUCCAUGCUGCUUUCGACGCUUCUGCAGCCCUCAGCUGUCUUCCUAGCGAUGUGGUACAUCGUUCGCCUCCCGGUCUUCUUCGGACCCGUCGGCCUCACAUCGGAGCACGAGAAGGAGAUUCGAUUCCGGGCUGAGCUGUUGGGCGAGGCUCAUCUUGGCACGGACCGGGACAUGAUCGAGGCCUACGCCCCCUUCCGCCUGGUCUUGCUCGGAUGCAUGCUGGCCAACAAAUGGCUGGACGACCACACGUUCUCCAACAAGACUUGGCACACCAUCUCGAAUGUUCCUAUUCGCUCCCUGAACAGGCUGGAGUCGCUCGCACUCGACAUCUUCCGCUAUGACCUCAACAUUGCUCCGCAACAGUGGACCAGCUGGCUGUCGGAGCUGCUUUCAUACCACGCGACUUUGUCAUCUCCCGUAUUCCCGCAGCCCAUUUCUCGCCCUUCCACGAGUCCGCACGUCAUCGUGCGCCAGGCGAUCGAGAUGUUGCUCAACACCCAAGAGGUUGAAUGUGGCUGUCGCCCUCAACAGUGCCAGUGCCCUCCCGUCCCGGCGUUCGUCAGCCUUGAUGAGCACAGGAAGGAGCCGGCGGGCGGUCACGAUGCGUACCUCGAGGACGUCUUGGAGAUCGACCUGGACGAGGACGGCCCACUUCGGGAAGAGUACCUGCCGAGACGUCGCCACAACUCGAAGCCGCGGUACGCGGCCGAAAUGUAUACCCGCAAUGACCACGUACUUCCUCCGCCCGCCAAGUGGAGCCCGGACGCCGACGAGCCUAUAAUCCGUGACCGGAGUCGCAGCCUUCGUCAAUAUGUAGCCCCCCAGCCGCUGCCGCAGCCAGCGAUUGCGGCGCCUCCCCCGCCGUUGCCGUUCCACCCAUCGAUGGAUGCUCACCGUUCGUCGUGGAGCAUUGGGAGCUAUGCGGUCAGGCAGGAGCCCAUCAGCCGGCCGGCUGUCUUCGCGCCUCCGUCCGUAUUUCACCCGCCCGUCGGCGGGUUCGAGUACGGCUACGCGCUCCCGGCACCCCAUGGGCACUCACGGUCGCAUUCCUUGUCCUACGGCCAGGCCAUCGGAGAGCACGUUCCCGGACGUGUUCGUUCCUAUUCCCAGACACGGUUCGAACAUGCUUACACCGAUCACCUGGUCUCUGAUGCUCGCUACCUUCCGCCCCCUCCGGUCUCAUCCCAGUGGUCGUCGUACGACCGCAUUGGCUUUCCGACCUCGUACGAUCGUCCCUUCGGCCUUUCCAACCGACCUCCGCUCAAAGCGUGAGGUCACACAGCACGCGUCCUAGAGAAUUGCAACGGAGAAUUAGACAGUUGCACCGGUUCCCCGUCCUCGGUACACGCAUCAUUCAUUAUAAUAAUCCUCGUCGUCGGCCCUGGCGUACCAUCCCCCACUCGAGCGGUUCUGCGCAAGCGCAGGGUCGCUCAUACGCCACUCUCUAAUGCGCGCCAGUUCUCGCAUGCCCCGGCCACGCUUCGUCGUCUUAUGUCUCUCUCAUCACAUUGUUUCUCUAUCUGGGCACCCCUGCAUCCACGACAUAUCCAUCCCGUCGACGAGGACCGCCCCCUCCACUUUCUCCUGGCUGCUCAUCAUUGUCAUCAACGCAUCUCGUAUCUAUUCUCACUACUAUCGGCACAUCUUCGGGCCAGUGGUCGCUAUGCGCCCCGGCCCAACCUGCGUCGGGUAGCCCUGUGCUAUCAACGACCUACGGCGCCGUAUAUCAGCAUCCCCGCACGUGGACGGUCCUGCUUGCUUCGCUGUUCGAUACGCCGCUUCCACGCUUUUCGGUCCUCUCGUGUACAGAAUCUAUCCGUACAUUCACGUUCCGCACACUAAUGCGUCGUCUUACGUCCGUCUUAUCCUCUUCACUCCUCCCCGUUUCUGGCCUUUUCACGUCACGUCUGUUCUGUUGCUGCUGCAUUGUCCACCCACACAAACGCACAAAAACACACGAAAACCCAGAAAACACUACACAUCACGUUCCCCUCUUCAGUCGUUUCCAGCUCCCUCGCACUUCGUGGUUUCCUUCACGAGCCUCCCGCACCUCCGUCCAGCUGGACGGGGCGCGCACCCCACCCUCCGCCUCCCCAUCCCCUCAUACUCCGCACUCCCUUGUAUCCGCUCGACGAAGCUACCCCGCUCUCCUUCAACCCGCUCUCGC